CAGAUGUGCGGCUGGUGCAGGGGUAGGUGGCUCAGUCCGGUUAGCUCAGGUACACACGAUAGUAAAUGGCAGUUGUUACGUUCUCAUGCUGUGCCAGGCCACAUGCCCAUCUCACCCAGUCUCCUGUGUCACAAGUGACAGAAAGCGAAGGCUGCAAGGGAGAGUGACCUGGGUCUGACCAGGGGUUUUCCCUCUGUUCCUCUCUCACUUGCAGCCUCCGGCAGCAUUUAAAGUUUAGGAAGCUCUGAUUCAGAGGCCAUGUGCUUCACUCCCAUGCUUGAUAACUACUGAUUCCCCUUUCCUCCAAGAACGUGUCCUCUCCCUUUGUGGAUCUGGCUACACCAUCAGGAUCCAAAUGAGCUCCCCGCUUUAAUUGCACACUGGAAAAAAGACGCUCCAGAAAGCCACCGUAGCACCUGUUUGCAAGAAGAUAGUACAUGCCUGCUCAGCUGCAUGCUUUUGCUGCUACCAAUCCCCACGCUAAAUAAAUGAAAGUUAGCAUGGGCACAGCUGUGCAUGCCAGAGCUGUCUGGUGGCCAUGUAAACAGCCCCUGGGAAGUCCUCCUUGGUCCCCCCCACCCCUGCCUUGGUGAGAGCAGUCAACCAGCACUGCAGCCUUUGGCACAGAGGCAUGCACUCUGGGACCCCCCAGGAGAUUUCAGGACAAGCUUUUGGGAUCCUAGUGUCACAUAAUAAAGGGAGGAGUAAAGGCCAAGAAGAAAGAGCCCGGUGCAUCUCCCUCCCCUCUCUUGACCGACAUGCUUUUGAUGCCACCCUCCUCCCCAUCUAACUCCUCUCCCAGAAUCUCUUCCAAAAGAAAUGCAGGAUUUAAAGAUUGCCUUAGAGCAGAUGCUUAUGUGCUUCCCUGUUUUAGGACCAGUAAGAAACAUUUGUCAUCGCGGUUCUGUGGUUGUGGGUAAAUGUGUCAUUGCUUUCCACAUAGCUAAAGAAAAAAACAAACCAUGAGAAAUAUGGAUCCCAGAGUACUGCCCAGUCUGAAUCCAACUACUCCAGAUCAGCGGACCCUAGGAGACAGGCUCCUUAUGAUGAAGGCUGGAUGAGGCACUGGCACAGAGCGAAGAACAUGACUUCUAAAGUUGAAGGUCCUCAGUAGUCAGCCUUAAGAAAACUCUGCUGUCCCCACUCUCUAUUGGGGGGAAUCAGCUGAUUUCUGAGUUUUUCCCUCCUUCUUACCUGCAUAUGACCUCUUAGCUGAGGGGCAGCACAGUCUAAGAGGACAGGACACUGGACCGGUGGUCAGGAGACCUGCAUUCUCUUCUGCGUUGUCCCCUCUCGCUUUUUGUCAACCCAAUUUAGGAGGCAGAGAUUGUCACUUAGUAGCCAUAUGCUAACAUAUAGCACUAUAUAGCUACUGUAUAGCAUAUGCAGAACGGACCCUCCGGGUAUUAGAAGACAAACAGUAAAAGAAUUCAUUAUUCCUGGGGCCAAGCCCGACAGCACCCGCCUGCUCCUGGAGAAGGCAACGAGUGCUGCAGGCACCCAGCGCCCAUCUCAACGCAGUGAUGUCACAAACCUUUGACAUCACAAGCACAACUCCGCCCUGGGGAAGCCCAGACUGCACCGAACCUCUGUUCUUCCCCCAUGUCGGUGGUGAAAUCAAUUGAAAUCGUGGUGCCCGAGGAUAAGGUCUAUUUGGCAGGCUCCAACGUAGAUGGCCAAGUGGUUCUGAGUCUUAACAACACUUUGAUCAACCCUGUAGUGAAGGUAGAGCUGGUAGGAAGAGGUUAUUUGCAGUGGAAUGAAGACGUCGGCGCGGACAAGGAUUACAGCAGGGAUGUUGUCUGCAAUAACAAGGCUGACUACAUCAAUAAGACAAAGACGUUCAAGAUAGAGGGGAACUGGCUGGAUUCGGGAACCCACACCUUUGACUUCCACUUCACCUUGUCUACCAGACUCCCCUCCACGUUCACCAGCAGGAUAGGCUAUGUUUCCUACUUCCUCCAAGCCUCCUGCUCCAGUCGUGAGCUCAUCUUAGCUAAGAAGAAGAAGUAUUUACUAGUGCAGGGGACCUCUAGCAUCCGUAAAGACAGGCUGCAGUCCAAGGACCCUUUUGUAGUAGAAGUCGACAAGGUCGUAGUUUAUCACUGCUGCUUCCAACAAGGCCGCGUGGUCCUGAGGAUUUCCCUGGUGAAAAACAUAUUCUGCCCCAGUGAGAACGUCACCUUUACCACUGAGAUCGACAACCAGACGGGCAAGUCCAUUAAAAGGGUGGUUUUCACCUUGUACUCCAAUGUCCUCUACAUGGGCUUCACCGCUAGGUCAGAGCCACGCACCCUGGAAGACCGAAACGUACUGUUAAGGCUGGAGCCCAGGAUGGAAGCUAUGCCCUUUGAGGUCACCAGGAUCACCAACAUAAUGGCCCUGCCCAGUCUGCUACCUGUCAGCUGCGUGUCCUUGGCCAACGAGAUCAUGGAAAUCCGCUAUGAGCUGGUGGGAACCCUUUACCUUCCCUGGUCCAUGUCCAGUGUUGUGGCUAGAGUGCCCGUCCUCAUAGGAACCAUCCCCACGGCCGAUCCCGAGGAGUCAGGCAGUGGCGCUCAUCCGAACCCAUAGCAAGGAGACAACACGCAAGGAGCCGGGAGCUGGUGUGCUGAGGUCCAGACAAUAAAGAUUUGCUGCAAACAUGCUCAUGCCAACGGGUUACUUUCACAACAGGGCUUUGCACAGCAAUGCUCUGGAUUCA